AUGGUUUUCACAAUUCGUGAUUUCUUGUUCAUCACAGAUAUCAUUCUGAAUGUCAUUUGUAUCAUUUCGAUCAUUGUCACUCUUUUCACCGUUUUUAUUAUUGUUGGAGCGACGCCAGUGAAAUCGAGAUAUUACGCGAGAUUUCUGUUAUGGAUUGAGCUUUGUUCCCUAUUGACUGUGAUCUUUUGUGCUUGGUUGUCUCCAAUUGUGGCGGCUGAGACGAAAAAUGGACUGCUGGUGUGCCUCCGGCAAAGGCCAUUCAUCUACAUUACUCGAAAAAUCACCGACAUUUUCCAAGCGGAUCCGAUCAUUUCUUUAGCUAUCACAAAGUUCUGUUUCGACUUUCUCUGUGCCAGCAAUGUGCUUGGGUAUUUCCAUGCGCUUGUUUAUAGGCAUCAGGUUUCAGUAAGAGACAAAUCUCGUCUUCAUCUCAAUAAAUGGAAACGUUAUCUGUUAAAUAUUAGCGCUUACGUUUGCACAGCAAUUGGAUUGGGGAUAAUUGAAGCUGGGUUGACAUCGGUGGAUAUGUCGGAAAUCGAAUUCCUCAACCCUGAGCUUUCCUCAUAUUUUCUCUCAUCUGAUUUCAAUUGUGCCGUUUUUCGCUCAUACGUCACUUAUAUGACAAUCGUUGUCGGCAUUGGUGCCUUCGGGGCAUUUGUUGUGAUGAUCUUCUUGGUUCUUCACUCAUAUCUCUCAAUUCGGAGCCAUAUGAAUAUGCAUAAAAAGAUCCAAGAGCUAGCUCUGAAUCUCUUGUAUUCAAUGUCAGCACAGGUUUUUGUUUUUUCGAUUCUUCUCUUCACUCCAUUCACGGUUCUCGUCAUUUUGUAUGUGAAUCGAGCGGUCGCUUUUACGCAAGCCUGGAAAUCUUCAACAGUGACCGUCACCCCGAGUAAAGGACCCCGAAUGGGCACUCAAACAAUGAAGGCU